AACAGGUCGCCACGCUAAUAAAACAGCGCAGUGAACGUCUCUCAACUCCUUCUCGAGCAAGUUACUGUCACGUGCAGAUCCCUUGCCCAACAUCUACGUUUACCUUCCAAGCACUUAUAAACUAUGCCAUCGACUGCCCUUUCCAAGGAGAAACUUGCCAUGGCGCUGAGCAGCCUGUUCGUCGACAUCUUCGAUCCUCUUCCAGAGUAUCCGCACCAACAGCGGGCCGUGCCAGUACCACAUGCUCCAAAGAGACCGUGUCCACUAAAUCGCGACGAGAAAAUUUUGGCUGUACGCAAUGCACUGCGUUACGUUCCCAAAAAACAUCACGAACAGCUAGGCAAGGAGUUUGCGGAAGAGCUCGAAAAGUAUGGUCAUAUCUACGCCUUCCGCUUCAUGCCGAACUUCACCCUCAAAUCUCCUCCAAUUUCUGCCAUAAAUGCAACAUCCCAACAAGCCGCAGCUAUAAUACUGAUGAUACUGAACAAUCUUGACCCAGACGUAGCGCAAUUCCCACAGGAAUUGGUCACUUAUGGAGGAAAUGGACAAGUUUUUAGCAAUUGGAUGCAGUUUCGUCUUGUUCUUCGCUAUCUCUCGCAAAUGACCACCGAACAGACACUUGUACUUUAUUCCGGUCAUCCACUCGGUUUGUUCCCUAGUCACGCCGAUGCGCCGAGAGUAACAAUAACAAACGGAAUGAUGAUUCCAAAUUUCUCAACAAAACCAAUGUACAACAAGUUGUUUGCACUCGGCGUUACAAUGUAUGGUCAAAUGACGGCUGGUAGUUUUGCUUAUAUCGGCCCACAGGGCAUUGUCCAUGGAACAACGAUCACCAUCAUGAAUGCUGGACGUCGUUAUUUGAAAGUGAACGAGUUGGCAGGCAAAGUAUUCGUCACAGCUGGUCUUGGUGGUAUGAGCGGUGCUCAACCGAAAGCAGCUUCUAUCGCUGGAUGUAUUUCUGUUACUGCUGAGGUUUACGGAGAAGCAUUGAUCAAACGUCACAAACAGGGAUGGUUAGAUGAAUAUUCUACAGAUCUAAACGAGAUAAUCGAAAUGAUCAAAAAAUAUCGCAAAGAGAAGAAAACCAGAAGCAUUGGAUACUUGGGAAACGUUGUGGAUUUAUGGGAGCGCCUAGCUGAAGAACCCGACAAUCUAGUAGAUCUUGGAUCUGAUCAAACUUCUUUGCACAAUCCUUACCUGGGCGGAUACUAUCCAGUUGGCAUAAGCGUUGAGGAAGCAAAUGUGAUGAUGACCGCCGAUCCGGAUCGCUUCAAAGAGCUAGUUCAGAAGAGUCUUUUGCGACAGAUUGCAGCCAUAGACAAGCUGGCCGCACGAGGGAUGCACUUCUGGGAUUACGGUAACGCCUUCCUGUUGGAGUGCCAAAGGGCCGGAGCUGAUAUGCGCCACCCAAAAGCGAAGGACGAUAAGACGUUUAGAUAUCCCUCGUACAUGCAGGACAUCAUGGGUGAUAUCUUCUCGAUGGGAUUCGGACCGUUCCGCUGGGUUUGUACUUCGCAAAAACCGGAAGACCUCGAUGAAACCGACAAGAUUGCCGCGGAAGUUAUAGGAAAACUAAUGAAGAAUGACGUUCCGGAGCAUGUGCGACAACAAUACUUCGACAACAAGAAAUGGAUUGAGAACGCGGCAGCUAAUCAUCUUGUUGUCGGAAGUCAAGCGAGAAUACUUUAUUCUGACCAAGAGGGACGAAUUGCUAUCGCUCUCGCCUUCAACGAUGCUGUCAGAGAUGGACGAGUCUCGGCUCCGAUCGUUUUAUCUCGAGAUCAUCAUGAUGUGUCGGGAACGGAUUCGCCUUUCCGUGAAACAUCGAACAUUGACGAUGGCAGCGCUGUAACAGCAGAUAUGGCCGUUCAGAACGUCAUCGGAGACUCCUUCCGUGGUGCAACAUGGGUGUCACUUCAUAACGGUGGCGGAGUCGGAUGGGGUGAUGUCAUCAACGGCGGUUUCGGAAUGCUUUUGGAUGGAUCGAAUGAAGCAGCAGAACGUGCAAAAGGAAUGCUUCAAUGGGACGUCGCUAAUGGGGUAGCGAGACGAAGUUGGUCGGGUAAUGAGAAGGCACGAGAAGCAAUAACUAGGACGCAAGCACAGAAUGAGAACUUAACCGUUACGAUUCCCGUUGACGCAGACGAACAACUUCUCGAGAGUUUCUUCUGAGCACCACCUUCUAGACCGAAGCAAUGAAGAUAGAGAUUCUUUUUUGGAGAAAUUAGAUCAUUAUUAAUCAUUCAUCUCGAAUAAAAUGAUAAGAGAA